AUGUCCUAUGGGGACUGCAAAGUUGCCCAAACAGCACGUAUCCACAGUCUCUUACUACCCAACGUCACCACGCCCACCCCGUCAUAUGGCAUGAACUAUCUCUCUACUCUGGGCGGGCUUGAUCAGCCUCACACUGUGAUUCUGCGAGCCAGGAAGCAGAAUGGCAUCAGGCACCGAACGUGCUACUCGGGUCUCUUGUUCGAGGAAAGCAGGGGCCAACGCAUCUCUCUCGUCGUCCAGCAGCAGCGGCCAACCGUCGGCUUCUCCGCUCAUUUCAGGGCUAUGGCCUGGGAUGUCGACCGUGGGCCAUGGUCUGCAAGUCUCGCCCUACCGGGGCUGUGUAAUCGCUACUUCUCAACUUUCCACAAGGCCAUCCCCAUUAUCUCCCCGUCGUUGCAGCAAGACAUCGAGGAAGAAACCGGGGAUAGCCUGCCACCAGCGGCAACAUCCGUCCUAGUACUCGCUAUGUGUCUCAUCCUCUUUCGUCCCUCUUCUGCAGGGUCGAACGAUUCUGCUCGAGAGCACAGCAUCACUCCAGAUGCACUCUACGUCGCCGUCAAGACAGCCUUUGCGCACGUACAAGCCUUCGUACCCGCCAGUACUCGUCUCGUCCAGGCCGGCCUGUUGCUUUCCAUAUUUGAGUGCACAGUGGUACGGAUGAGCCAUGUCCUGGGUCUUGAUAGUGAUGUGAAAGUCCUCGCGAAACCCUGCCAGAAGGACUUGGAGGAAUGGAACGUGUGGUGGGGCGUCGUGAUCAUGGAAAGGUAG